AUGCAUGCAUCAAAUCCAUGAGAUGACACAUAUUAGAUUUGUCCUUAUGAUUUGAACCUUUCGUUGACACGAUCGAGCAAUCACACAUCAACAAAGUACAGUGUCACCGUUCUCCCCCAUCUCCAUUUACCUCCAUAUCAAGCUUCAGCUUCAAGACUUGCAGGAGGAGGAAACCAGAGAUGGAUGGCCACCAAACUGUAGCAGCGGCGGCUGCAUCCGGUGCGAGGCGAGUUGCAUGUGUGACUGGUGCAACCGGGUUCAUUGGCUCCUGGCUCGUCCGAUCUCUUCUCCGAAGGGGGUAUCACGUUAAUGCAACGAUCAGGGAUGCAGGGAAGGCAUCAUGGCUUCUGUCAACACUGAGAGGAGAAAGCCGGUUGAAGAUCUUCGAAGCCGAUCUCAGUGAUGAUGGAAGCUACGAUGAGGCAGUCAAGAAUUGCCAGUUUGUGUUCCAUGUAGCAGCCUGUAUGGAAUUCAACACCACAGCAAAAGAAAAUAUUGAGAACCAUGUAAGAACAAAGAUAUUGAAACCGGCAGUAAGAGGAGUGAUUAAUGUCCUACAAGCUUGUGCAAAAUCAGGUUCAGUUAGGAAAGUGGUAUUUACAUCUUCCAUUAGUACCAUCACUGCCAAAGAUGAUGAAGGGGAGUUGAGAUCGAUGGUCGAUGAAUCAUCUAUUGUACCGAUAAAUCAAGUUUGGAAGACAAAGCCAAAAGGAUGGGUCUAUGUUCUGUCAAAGCUAUUGACUGAGGAAAAGGCAUUCCAGUUUGCCAAGGAGAAGGGCAUUGACUUGGUGUCAAUUAUCCCACCUACAGUAGCUGGUCCUUUCCUAACUCCAAGUGUUCCUGCAAGUGUUCAAGUUCUGCUUUCACCUAUUACCGGUGAUCCAGAACUCUAUCCUAUACUAGCCUCAGUACACUCCAGAUUGGGUUCAAUACCAUUGGCACACAUUGAAGACAUAUGCAACGCACAUAUAUUUCUAAUGGAACAACCUAUGACCGAAGGUCGAUACAUUUGCUCUGCUGGCAGCUGUUCUUUGCCUGAACUGACUAAUCUUCUAUCUAAAAACUACCCUGCACUUAGUUCUAAAAGGUUCCAUGAGAACUCCUUCAUUUCUAUACAUCCAGUAAUAUCUUCCAAGCAUUUGACUGACCUGGGUUUCGCGUUCACAUAUAGCAUAAGGGAUAUUAUUCAGCAGAGUGUUACCUGUUGUGUUGAGGGUGGUUUCCUGAGAUUACAUGAGAAUGAGGACGACAUGGUGCCAUAGUUUACCUUGUUUAUUGGAGGAAAGAUCAUUAGAAUCCCAAUCCUGAAAAAGAGAAAGUAGUAGAGAUCUCUAGGCCAAAUAGUUGCAGAAUUUUAAGUUUAUAUAAUAGUUCCCUGUAAGUCUACUAAGCAGUAAAGCAGCAAGAAUAAGACAGACUCAUCAAAGAAGACAAACAUUUUGCAGUCAUUUGUUUUUUCUUUCUACUAAUAAAUCUAUAUUUUGGUUUC